AUGAACUCCAAUAAAGCCUUGAUUUUCAAGAAUGUUCCCCAUGGGUAUCCUAUCCCAGGAAAGGACCUCACCAUCGAGCCUAUUUCAUACAAUGUUGAGAGCCCCAUUCCCCAAAAAGGCAUCCUCGUUCAGUCCCUCUACGCCAGUUUCGAUCCCUACAUGCGUGGUCGCAUGCGCGUUUCACAAAAAUCAUACACACAUCAUUUCGAAUUGAAUAAACCAAUUGAUAGUUUUGGCAUCGCAAAGGUUCUUCGUUCCAGUAAUUCUGCCUACAAAGAGGGAGAUCUUGUCAUCGGACAGCUCCCGAUUCAAGAAUAUGUCAUUGUAGACGAGACCGCCAUUACCAAAAUCCGGCUUUUAGAGAAUCCACUGGGGAUUGAGGAUAUUCGUGUCUUCCUUGGUGCCUUGGGUAUGCCGGGCUUGACGGCCUACUCGUCCUUUUAUAAAAUUGGCAAGCCUCAAAAAGGCGAGACCAUUUUCAUUUCUGCAGCUAGUGGUGCCGUGGGACAGAUCGUGGGACAGCUAGCCAAGCAUGAGGGGCUUACAGUUAUCGGGAGCGUGGGCUCUGAUGAAAAAUUGGAGUAUAUCACGAAUAUACUGAAUUUUGACUCAGGCUUCAACUAUAAGAAAGAAAAGCCUGCAGAUGCUCUUGCCCGUCUCGCCCCACAAGGCCUGGAUAUUUAUUAUGAAAACGUUGGGGGUGAGCACUUGGAAGCAGCUAUUAAUGCCAUGAACGACUUCGGCCGGAUCGUGUGCUGCGGAAUGAUCUCCGAGUCGAACAGCCCCCCGUAUCCCAUCACGAAUAUUCAUAAUCUAAUUUCGAAACGUCUCGAGAUGCGUGGCUUCAUCGUCUUUGAUCCCGGAUUCGCAGACGUCUACUCUCAAGAACACCAGCGAAACUUGCAGAGUUGGAUCAAAGAAGGUUCUUUUAAAACGUUAACACACGAGACUGUCGGUAUCGAUCACGCUGCUGAGGGCUUAGUUGGUAUCUUUCAAGGGAAAAACAUGGGCAAGGCAGUUUUGAAGUUUUAA